GUUAAGGUGAGUGGCGGCUGCAACGCCGGCGGCCGCGGAGGAGCUGAGGGCGGGGAGGUCGCGACACCCUUACCCCUCAGCUGGAGGUGCCGGAGCCGUGCGCCGCUGCCUGCACUUCCCCGCGCGUCCUCUCUGGCCGGCUCCCCGAGGCGAGCGGGCGGGCGGGAGGCAGCAGGGACAGAGGCCCCGGCCCAGGCUCUGGCUCCUCCGGUGGAAGGCAGUGGAGAAGCCGCGGCCUCUGCAGGAGGGCGAAGGUCCGCGCUCCCCGAGCGGCGGGGUCAAGGGGGAGCCGGAGGACUGAGCAAGGGCUCAUUUCUCCCCUUUCCCCAGAGCCGGUGAAUCUUCUUCCUAGGUAGUGGAAGGGACCUUGGGGGCCCCAGGUCAACCCCCUUCUUUUACAGAGGAGGAGACCGAGGCCCAGAGAGGCUAAGGGACUUGUCCAGGGUCUCCCCCGCCUGCGGGAGGAUGGAGCUACUCAGCCCACAUUCGAACCCGGGGCCUCGGACCCCCUAGUCCAAAGAUCUUGCCACUGUACUCAGCUCUCUCCUGUGAGAUCUUGAAAAUCACAAGAUCCCUCUUCAGAGCCACAAAGAUGGAGGACAAGAAGCGCCUCGCUUAUUCCAUCAUCCAGUUUCUGCAUGACCAGCUGCAUCAUGGAGGUCUGUCUCCUGAUGCCCAGGAGAGUUUGGAAGUUGCUAUCCAGUGCCUGGAGACAGCUUUUGGAGUGACUGUUGAAGACCGAGAUCUAGCUGUAUCACAAACUCUACCAGAAAUAUUUGAAGCUGCUACAGGAAAAAAAGACAUGCCCUACAUCCGUAGGAAUUCUGAACCCAUCUCCCCCUCUGAUGAAGAUACAGCUGAAGCUGAGAGACUGAAGACUGAAGGAAAUGAACAAAUGAAAAUAGAAAAUUUUGAAGCAGCAGUCUCUUUUUAUGGAAAAGCAAUUGAAUUAAAUCCAGCCAAUGCAGUGUAUUUUUGCAACAGAGCUGCUGCCUACAGCAAACUGGGAAAUUAUGCGGGUGCUGUGAGAGACUGUGAAAGAGCCAUUGGCAUAGACCCCUACUACAGCAAAGCCUAUGGCAGAAUGGGCUUAGCACUCUCAAGUUUAAACAAACACACGGAGGCUGUCGUCUACUAUAAGAAGGCCCUGGAGUUGGACCCAGACAAUGACACAUACAAAUCAAACCUCAAGAUAGCUGAACAGAAAAUGAAAGAAACACCCAGCCCUACAGGAGGCACUGGAGGUUUUGACCUAGCUGGCUUGCUGAAUAACCCAGGCUUCAUGAGUAUGGCAUCAAACCUCAUGAAUAACCCUCAAGUACAGCAACUCAUGUCUGGGAUGAUAUCAGGUGGCCACAACCCUUUGGGAGCUGCUGGAGCCAGCCCUUCUCCAAAUGACCUCGCCAGCCUCAUCCAGGCAGGCCAACAGUUUGCUCAGCAGAUGCAGCAACAAAACCCAGAGUUGAUAGAACAGCUCAGAAGCCAGAUUAGGAGUCGGACCCCCAGUGCCAGCAAUGAUGACCAGCAGGAAUGAACAGUGAAGCAGCACCAUUGAGAAUUGAGUCCUUCGAUGUACAGACUGGAAGCCAUGUGUUCUGCCAUUUCUCCAGUUGGAAUUUCCACGAGAGAAAAAGAAAAAAAAUUAUUGGACCUGCAUGUUAAGAUGGAUUCUUAUUUUCCUUUUCUUUCCCUCUCCUUCUUCCCUCCGUUACCCAGACUAUUUUUUUUUCCCGAAAAAGAGCCAGCAAGCUGUAAACACAAACCAGCAUCCACCCUCUUUUAGCUCUCAGAAAGUCAGUUACUGAAGUAUUUUCUGCAGUGGGGCCUAUGGGUGGUUCUCAGCCCUAUUUACAAGAUGUUUCAAGUUUUCUGUUAAGAAGCCUCCACCAUCUUGUGUUUGUGGGCCACAUUACACUGGCUACCUGGGGCUUUGAGGGUUGUGUUCAUCUCCUCUUUAUUUUUUUUAAAGAGGAAAAAAGUAUUUUCUUUCAUGAUUAGAAGUCAGUUUCUAAACACGAACAUCCUCUCAGGUUGCCUGGUGUUCCCAGUGCUCCUCCAGCUGAGUGUCCUGCUCUAAAAAUGCUCACUGCCAUUUAUAAUCUGGGGCGUAAAGAUGUUGUCAGUGCAGUUUGGAUUAUCUGUAUGCAUGGGAAAAAGUUCAUUUGUGGAUGUGGAUAGAAGCUUUUGUUAUCCUGAACCUUUUAGGAGGAGGGGGCAGUCUUAUUGGGGUGCGUAAGACCAGUUUCUGUGACUUUCUUCAAAUUGAGCAUUUUGAUAGGAACUUGUUUUUUUUUUCCUCAGAUCUUUUUUGCCAGUGAUCUCACAAACAUCUAGUCACAAUCAUGAUUUGUACCUGGUGCCCACUUGUUUCUCAUUCACCAGGUGGAGAGACUUGAGCUUCAUGCAUCAGUCUUUUCACUUUUCCAUUGCCUGUCUCACUGUCCCUUUGCACACAGGUGAUAGCAGGCACUUGGGUUUCUACUGGAGAGGAAUAUCUGCAAAAUUUCUCCCUUUCUGUGCAAGGAGGGUGGGACUGAUAAGGGACAACAGAUCCAGCAACCUACAUUGGCCAGCUGCUGGACUCAUGAAGGUGGCAGACAGCAGUGUUUUAUAGGAACUUUCAGGGAGGUGAGGCUGCAUUUUGCCCAUGUAGCAAUGGAAUUAGCUACCAUGCCCAGCAGUAGUUUGGAUACCUCAUUGAAAACCCUGGAGGCCUCCACUCAUCACGAUCAGAUAGAGUUUGGUAAAGGUGUGUGAGGGGGGAGAAGAGAAGACAAGAAGGAGAACUAGUUAUAUGAGUCAUGAAACUUACGAGCGGGGCAAGUUGACAGUGUCUCAGUCUUGUAUCGGAUAAUUGGACGGAAGACUCCAUAGUUAGAAAGGGCAGCUGUCCCCCUGUUGCUUUCAGGGAGUCUCUUGGGGAGGUAGAUGAGCUUUGAGUGUUCUAGAUGACUAGCAGGAAACAAAACAGUGAUCACCUGUAAUCCAUCGUCACCCACAAUGUUUUUAACUCUUCAGUUUUAACUGUGGUGAAGAAUGUAAUGUGUGGGGAAUAAAUAUACAUUGUGACCUUUUUA